UGAAGGCAGCUGCGCUAGUUACUAUAAAAACGAGCUGAUUGCAAAUGUCCAGAAUCAAGUCUGGUAAUUGGCACGCUGAAGUCAUAAAAAGGAAAGCGAAAACAAAACCGUUCAAAGAAAGCUUUGUACAGUAAGCCGAUCUUUAUGUAGCUCAUCCCUAUUUUACUUUAAGGCAACGAUAUCUUGACAUGAUUUCAACUAUGUGACCCGAUGGCUUGACCUAGGGAUCUGUUCGAUCCGUGUGCAUCUGAUCACUACGACGCGCGUAAUUUACCGCGCCACCGAAUUAUUAAGUUUACGAAGAAGUACCUCUUUCCUUGAACACGUGAAACCUACCGAAGAGAUGGAGCGCGUUUUAGAAAAACUGGGCCCAUGGCACAUUCCCGUUUUUUUAUUAGCUUUAUUAGGCUCGCUCCCAUAUGGUUUGUUCGUGCUGAGUUUGAGCUUUAUGGCGCCAAAGGUAAAUUAUUGGUGUAAAUCCCCUAAAGGAAUUAACUAUAGUGAAUGGAUGCAAAUGAAUGCUGGGGUAGAUCUCAGGUGUUCGGUUCGUGUAGCGGUGCCGCAGAGCAACGCCCUACACAGCAACAUAUCACAGGUCGAAAGUGAAAAUUGCCAUGAAUGGGAAUAUGAUCAUUCAGUCCACACAAAAACGCUCAUAGAAGAGUGGGAUGCCGUCUGUGAUCACGACUGGAUGCUGGCUACGGCUCAGAGCUGCCUUAUGUUUGGCGUUCUCGUCGGGUGUUUCGUGUUCUCACACAUCUCUGAUUGGUACGGAAGAAAGACAGCCUUAUCGUUGUCACUGGGAAUCUGUAUUAUUAUCGGUUUCGGGAUUUCGUUUACCAACAACUAUUGGUUAUUCUGCGUCCUUCGCUUCUUGAUGGCGUUCGGUCAUGGCGGUAAAAGAGCAUCCAGUGUCCUCACGACGGAGUCGGUUAGUGCACACCAUCGUGCUAUAGUAACCGUCGGUCAGGAUGUUGGUUGGUGUUUGGGGUUGCUGUUAACACCACUAAUUACGUACUACGUACGUGACUGGGUCUGGAUUCAGAGAGCCAUUAUUAUGCCAGAAUUGGCAUUUGUCUUAUUGUUAUGUUUCGUAGAUGAGUCACCUAAGUGGCUGUUGAGUGCUGGGCACGAGGCCAAAGCGCGAAGACUUCUCAAGAAAAUCAUUCGAGUAAAUAAGUUGUACGAAGAAGAAAUAGAUAUCGACCAAAUUGUCAGAGAUACCACUGUUGCUCUUAUGAAGGAAAACCGGUCACAGAAAAGUACAUUAAUCGACCUGCUAAACGAAUGGACCGUCCUUAGGCUCACGAUCUCAUGCUGGGGACAAUAUGCAGUGAUCAUCCUAUUAUACUAUCACAUGCUAUACUUCAUAGUCGACACCGGAAGCGAUCCAUAUACAGGUGUAUUUUACAUGGGAUUACUGGAGUUACCUAUCGCAACGCUUUCCUGUUGGGUUGUAAACAACUUCCGUCGGCGCCCAGUCUAUUUCUGGUCAUACCUGCUUUCAGUCUUCUCAGUGGUCGCUCUACUGUUUCCCGCUGACGAUAACGUGACCGUUUGUAUGGUACUAGCAAAUUUGGGCAAGAUGUCAUCGAUGCUUUUAUACAACUGCCUACUUGUACACAUAUCUGAGUGCUUCCCGACAAAGGUUCGCUCUUUGGCUUUGGGGACGUCCGCGAUGUCAUCGAGAAUUGGCGCUAUGGCGGCGCCAUUCCUUAAGCAAAUUGGACUAAUAACUGCAAGCUGGGUGCCAAUCUGUCUAACAAUCGGCAUGUGCGCUGUCGCCAUGUGCUUAUCGUUUAUUUUGCCAGAGACUUUCGGAGAGAAGUUGCCCGAUACCUUUAAUGAAACGAAGCAAACUAUCAGGAAAACGUCCGAAAGCAGCAAGUCCUCUCCCUUAAUCCCAUGAAGUCACUUCAUGUCUCUUCUAUAUUAUACAACCAAACUAGCCAAAGCGCGCUGGUCAUUUUCUUUAUAGCUAAUAAUAAACGAAAGAUUCGAAGUAAAAUUUCA